CUUCCCUGCAUAUUACAUAAAAAAAACAACAAUAGUGAUAAAUAUAAUCACGAGUGACAGCUUAAAAUAUUUUUGCAUCUAAUUAACUAUAUAUUGCCAUUAUUGUGUUUCAUUGUACACGUACACACAUGUAUGUGAAUCGUACAGGAGGUACUUGAAGGCAGCAUGUGAACAUUGUGUAACUUGCUCAGUAUGGCUGCCCCGCUGGUCAAGAGUUUCCUAAAGUCUUGCAGACAGAUCUCUCGACCAUGGGGAACAUGCCAGACUGGAUGGAGGAGAAUGUGCAGCAGUUCGGCCCCAGAUGUGGCUGCACACCAGGCAGCAGCAGGGGCAGUGUCUUUCCCUCCUCUGCAGACUUAUUCAGAGGAGGAAAGCAUGAUGAGGGAAGCAGUGAAAAAAUAUGCACAGGAGCGCAUUGCUCCAUUCGUGUCGAAGAUGGAUGAGAAUUCUGCCAUGGACAAGGAAGUGAUCGACUCUCUCUUUGAACAGGGUCUCAUGGGCAUUGAGAUUGACCCAGAAUAUGGCGGCACUGGCUCUACAUUCUUCUCCUCCAUUCUGGUUAUUGAGGAGUUGGCGAAGGUGGAUCCUUCCGUGGCUGUUCUCUGUGAUAUCCAGAACACACUCAUUAACACACUGUUCUCCAAACUGGGGACACCCGCACAGAAAGAGCAGUACCUCAGCCGACUGUCAACAGACAUGAUUGGAAGCUUCUGUCUCUCUGAAGCAGAGUCAGGGAGUGACGCCUUCUCUCUGAAGACACGUGCAGAGAAACACAAGGACUUUUACAUCAUCAAUGGAUCCAAGAUGUGGAUCAGUAAUGCGGAGCAUGCAGGUGUAUUCCUGGUGAUGGCCAACGCUGACUUGUCUGCCGGAUACAAAGGCAUCACCUGCUUCAUCGUGGACCGAGACACUGAGGGGCUUGAGAUUGGCAAAAAGGAGAACAAGCUUGGCCUGCGUGCGUCCUCCACCUGCCCGCUCAACUUUGACAAUGUCAAGGUACCAGAGAAGAACAUUUUGGGACAGAUGGGUCACGGGUACAAGUAUGCCAUCGGAAUGCUGAAUGAGGGCCGGAUAGGAAUAGCCGGUCAGAUGCUUGGACUGGCACAGGGUUGCUUUGACCACACCAUUCCUUACACCAGACAGCGAACGCAGUUUGGAAAACGCAUCUUUGACUUCCAGGGCAUGCAGCACCAAAUCGCCCACGUAGCAACACAGAUUGAAGCAGCUCGGCUGCUGACGUACAACGCCGCUCGUCUGAAGGAAGCUGGGAGAUCUUUCAUCAAGGAGGCCUGCAUGGCUAAGUACUUCACUUCAGAGGUUGCGACACUAACCACCUCCAAGUGCAUUGAAUGGAUGGGAGGGGUGGGCUUCACCAAGGACUACCCCAUCGAGAAAUACUACAGAGACUGUAAAAUUGGCACCAUUUAUGAGGGCACAUCAAAUAUCCAGCUCUCCAGUAUGGCCAAGUUCAUUGACAAGGAGUAUGACCACUGAAAGAAUCCGACCAGAACUCGAUCAUUUGCACUCUGACAUGUUACACUCCCUAUUUGUUUCUCUACGAUGACUUUGGAGUGGUUUGCUGUUGACCUGGUUUCACGGGUGGUUCUGUUACAUUUAAAACUUGUAAAGUAGUUCCUGCCAUUGGUGCAGGUGGUAUUUGUUUCUUUUGCCUUCUAACAGUUUAAAAAAUUCCUCUAUACUACUUUUUGGGCAUAUAUGUCUUCUUUUUUUUUUUUGAUCAAUCCUGGGAUGUAAUGUGUUUCCCUAAAUGAUUCAGUGGUUAUGACUGAGAUCAAGGACUUAAAAGUGUGUUGUAUUUGCAAGAUAAUAUAGAGAUUCUGAGUAAAACUUUAUACAAAGGAAAAUAUCUAAUUGCGAUUUUACUGACAGAUAUCACAACUACAACUCAAUUAGCCUUAUCAUUUUUAUGUCUAGCUGCCGUUCACUGCAAGGAUCACAAUGUUUCAAUGCCAAGUCCAUCUUAAUGAGGAGUUUUCUUAGGAUGUUUAGUGUGUAAUAGAUUGAAAACAUGACAUGAGAAAACAAAUUAUGUAAAAAUGUCCAAUGGGCAGCCAUGGCCAAGUAGAAAGAGAACUUAACUGGAGGGUUGCCAGUUUGAGUCCCCACCAGGUCGAAGGGCUGGGGUACUCCUGAGCAAGGCACCCAACCCCCAUUGUUCCCCAGGUGCUGCUCAGUGGCUGCCCACUGCUCUUGUUUCUAGUAGAGGUUGGGUUAAACGUAGCAGUUCUGAUUGAAAGCAAUUCAAGCUCCAUAGUCACAUUAAAUUUGUUGAAUUAGAAAAAAAUGUGAAAAGUAAAGAACAACUGUAAAAUAAUACUUUUUCCAGAGUCAA